AUGGUUAGAAUCAAAAUGAAGGCCACCGGCGGACCAUUCAUGUGGAAGAAACUAGGGCUACCGAGACCCAGUCCCUCUGACAGUGAUGACGAAGCAUGGGACACACCUCCACCAGUCACCACCAGCACCGAAACACCACCGGCUACUGGAACAACAACCGGGCAUCCCAUCUCACCGAACGUCCAGGCGUAUCACCGGCGAAACAAAGCACCAAGGAUCGCCCAACCAUACACCUCCCCAACAGUCCUGACAGCAAUCCCUAAAGGCAAAACGCCACCAGAAGCCACCACUUCCACCAACCAUGGGCAGAAACGGCCAAGAACGCCGUCACCAACUCCAUCGCCACACCCAAAGCAAGAAACAGAGACUACCACUGCUACACAUCCCGCAGGUCAUGAAGCCAGUGAUGUGCCAAGCGAUACGCCCAGCAGUGUGCCAAGCGAUACGCCCAGCGAUGUGCCAAGCGACACGCCCAGCGAUAUGCCCAGUGAUCUGCCCAUCGAUUUGCCCAAACCAUCCUGCCCAGAUCACAUCACUCAAGCUCUAACAUUCAACAAGGCUUCUUAG